UGCUCGGGGCCGGGGCCUGAGGGCCGGCUCCGCUCGGCUCCGCUCGGCUCCCGGCGGAGCGGCCGCCAUGGGGCUGGGAUCCAGCUCCGAGGGCCCCGGCGGCGGCGCUGAGGGCUUCCACGUGCACGGGGUUCAGGAGAACUCCCCAGCCCAGCAAGGAGGACUGGAACCUUUCUUUGAUUUCAUCAUUGCCAUAGGACACACGAGGCUUAACAAGGAAAACAAUAUGCUGAAAGACCUGCUGAAGGCAAAUGCUGAGAAAGCAGUGAAGCUGGAGGUGUAUAACAUCAAAACAAUGAAAAUCCGAGAGGUGGAGGUGAUCCCCAGUAACAUGUGGGGAGGACAGGGCCUCCUUGGGGCCAGCGUGAGGUUCUGCAGCUUCCAGGGAGCCAAUGAGCACGUCUGGCAUGUUCUGGAUGUUGAGCCUUCAUCUCCUGCAGCUCUGGCUGGUCUGCAGCCAUACACUGACUACGUUGUUGGAUCUGAUCAGAUUCUCCAGGAGUCAGAGGAUUUCUUUUCCCUGAUUGAAUCCCACGAGGGGAAGCCGCUGAAGCUGAUGGUUUAUAACACUGAAGCAGAUUCCAUCCGAGAGGUAGUUGUGACUCCCAAUGGAGCUUGGGGUGGAGAAGGAAGUUUAGGAUGUGGUAUUGGAUAUGGCUAUUUGCACAGAAUUCCAACACAGUCCAUGACAUCAAAGAAAAAGCCAGAAAGCAAAUCAUCUUCACCCUCACCAGAAGCUGGAACUCCUGUGCCAUCCACUAAUGGUUACACAGAGACUCCAUUGUUGGCACCUACUUCUCAGAAUGACAGCUCUGACACAGUUAUGAACUUGGAUCAUUCCACAGAGCAAGAACUGAGUGGUUACUCACCAGAAAGCUCCCUUUCUCCUCCUCCCCCUCUCCAGAGAGUUAUGGAUCCAGGAUUUCUAGAUAUGUCUGGAAUUUCAGUUUCUGAGUUCACAAGCUUAACAGAAGUGUCCAGCCUGUCCCCAUCUGCCUCCUUCAACAUGCCAGCAGCAGGGGCUGCUGUAGGCCCUGAAACAUUAAUGCCAAAUAGUCAAGCCUCUGCUUAUCUUGAAAAUGCAUCAACUUUGGACCCUGAAGGUUUAGCCCUGUAUCCUGAAGGCUCAGGCAAGCAGCCCACCCUGGAUGACCCCCUGCCUCCAAUUCCACCUUUACCUUCUCUUGAUCUUCCUCAUGACAUUUCUUCAACAACAACACUAGGAACUGAUGCUGCCACCCAGGAAUCCAAGCUGCUUCUGAACAGCACUGAGAGCUCACUGACCACUGCUCCUGAGACACCAGAGCAUGAGGCAGCAAGGGAGCAGAAAGGAGAAGCAACUGCACAAGAUCCAGAGUGAAAUGGACCCUGCUGCUGUUUACAGACUGCUGACUGCUGCAGUGCUACAGCUUGGAAUAUUUUUCUGAUCUUGAAAGAUAACAGUUACUCUAUUUUAUUAGUGUAGACAAUACUAGAAAAGAAAUCACAUGAAGUACAUAUCCUGUUGUCUUUUCCAAUCACUGUUUAAUGGAUUGAUCUAUGUUCAAAAUUUGAAUGCUGUCCAAAAUCACCCAAUCAAUAGAGAAAUUGAUGCAGAAACAAGUUGGACACUGGCAGAACAUCAAGUUCUGGCAUUCGCUUUUGCCUACAAGUGCUCCUGAAUGUAUUUACAAAGGUGCUGUGCCUGAACAGCGACAUGGAGUGGUGACUUUUAUCAGUAUGUCUGAUGGCAUAAAAAAAAAAUAUUUAUAGUUUUGAUUUGUUAGAAGCUUUUCUAAUGGUACCUCUUGGUUAGAUGGUUUUUGUGACUUGCAAGGCAUUUCUUACACUAAGUACUCUAGUACUCUUACUAGACUGUUAUUUUUCUUGGUUUAAUUCCCUUCAUGUACCUUCUUUAUACCUAUUUGGGCAGGAAAGAAACACAAUGGGGUUGGAAAUUGCAGCCCCCAAUGGGACAAAGCCAGGGUGGGUCCCUCUCAUUCACUUCUGCUCUUGAGUGGACCAGGUGCUGGCCUUGCAGUUAAAUAAACACUGAGGGGGGAGGGAGGGAUGGUGGUUACUUGAAACAAAUUGAAGAUGAUUUUAAAGUAUUUUUGUUGAAGUAUGAAUGUCUUUGCUUCUGUAGUGACUGAGAAACAGCUUUCCUUUGCUUGUGCUUUUCUAUUUACUCACUACUAUUUUUAUACAAACUGUUGUAAGUCUAAGACAGGGCUGUUGUGCAGCAAUUGAUUCUUGUAGCUUUUUUUUGUUUGCAUUUGUCUCCAACUCACUUCUGAAUGUAAUGGCAAACAUGACAUAAACAAUGGAAGACAUGGAUGGUUUUAUAAUCCUCAGGGCAGUGAUUUGUCAUGGAAUUUCAAAACUGCUGCCAGGCAAUAAUAGAGCUAGUGCAGUGGAAAUCCUUUGUAAAUGAAGAGAAUGUGGUACAAGGCUGGUGUGUGCUUAGGCAAUAAAUUAAAGUACACUUAUUUAGCACAAUAUUGCCUGAUGUCCUUUGCCCUGCUUCUGCACUGUGCAGGCCAGUGAGUGACAGCUGACUGGGCUGGAAUGUGGUACUGAAAUUGGGGGGGUUCUGUCAGGGUCCCACAGCUCUGCCUGUGACAGCUCAGCUUCAGCCAAAGGGUGCAGGAAAAGUCACAGCACGUGAGGGCUUCAGAGGAGUCCACCCUGACCAAAAAAAUCUGUCCUUGAUCUGGUGUUAGUCUGAAAUACUGCAAGUACAGUAGUUCUGAACAGGAUUGUCAAAGUUUCUGUUGCUUUAAAGAAUGUAUUAAGCUCUAACUGAAGGCAGUAGAAUGGACAGUGGAUUCUAGUCUGUUAAUUUUGAGCCAAUUUUAUUUCCUAUGUUGCUAAAAUAAAUUUCCUAUUUUGUUCCCCCAGUUAACUGUUACAAGGGCAAACAGCCAAACACUUAAAAUGUAAUUUAGACUAUUCCUAGGUUUGUUUGAUCUUGGAGCCUGAUGCCAGGAGACACCUAGGUGCUGUUUCAUUCAUGUUUUUUAUAUUUAGGACUGUUUCUAGUCCUUUCCCUUUCUCAAAGAUGGCCAUGAGAAGGUGAUAGCUCAUUUAAGUGACUCUGUAACAUAAACACCUUUUAGAAGUCUAAGAGCAGGGAAUGUCAAAACUCAUGCUAGAUUUCAAAUGUCAUCAUAAUAAAUGGCUUAAACUUC